GUUCUAAUCGAAAUUUUGGACGUGGAGGACGCGGUGGGGGUAAAGGUGGCGGAGAUCGUGGAGGGCGUGGUGGACGCGGGGGGCGUUUUUGUUGCUCGUGGUAAAGAAGAUCUUCUUGUUACCAAAAAUCUUGUAAGUGGUGAAUCCGUAUAUGGCGAAAAAAGAAUCUCCGUUGAAGGACAAGAUGGUAUUAAAACCGAAUAUCGUGUUUGGAACCCAUUUCGAUCUAAAUUGGCAGCUGGAAUUCUUGGGGGUGUUGAUGAUAUAUAUAUUGCACCUGGGAAAAAGGUAUUGUAUCUUGGGGCUGCUUCAGGAACUACGGUAUCACACGUUGCAGAUAUAGUUGGACCAGAGGGAAUAGUCUAUGCCGUUGAAUUUUCUCAUCGAUCCGGACGUGACCUCAUUAAUGUCGCCAAGAAACGUACUAACGUAAUUCCAAUUAUUGAAGAUGCACGUCAUCCGCAAAAGUACCGUAUGUUGAUGAACAUGGUUGACGUUAUCUUUGCGGAUGUGGCGCAACCAGAUCAAGCACGCAUUAUCGCUCUGAACGCACAUCAUUUCCUUAAAAAUAACGGAAAUAUUGUUAUAUCAAUCAAGGCAAAUUGUAUCGAUUCAACUGUUGAAGCAGCCACAGUAUUUGCCAGGGAAGAAGAUAUAUAA